CAGACCUCCUGAGAGAUGUCCGGAACCUUUCUUCUGUGCUUUCUGCCCGGACGUGCUGAGGCGGAGACCGGAAGUCCUUGUUGGUUCCGGGAUUUUGGGCUACUACGAUGGCGAUGAGUUUCGAGUGGCCGUGGCAGUAUCGCUUCCCGCCCUUCUUUACGUUACAGCCGAACGUGGACACUCGGCAGAAGCAGCUGGCCGCCUGGUGCUCUCUGGUUCUGUCCUUCUGCCGCCUGCACAAACAGUCCAGCAUGACCGUGAUGGAAGCGCAGGAGAGCCCGCUCUUCAACAACGUCAAGCUGCAGCGGAAACUUCCUGUGGAAUCAAUCCAGGUUGUAUUAGAGGAAUUGAGGAAGAAAGGGAACCUGGAGUGGUUGGAUAAGAGUAAGUCCAGCUUCCUGAUCAUGUGGCGGAGGCCAGAAGAAUGGGGGAAACUCAUUUAUCAAUGGGUCUCCAGGAGUGGCCAGAACAACUCUGUGUUUACCUUGUAUGAACUGACCAGUGGAGAAGACACAGAGGAUGAAGAGUUCCACGGGCUGGAUGAGGCGACCCUUCUGCGGGCUCUGCAGGCCCUACAGCAGGAGCACAAGGCUGAGAUUAUCACCGUCAGUGAUGGCCGAGGAGUCAAGUUCUUCUAGCAGAGACCUGUCUGCCUUUACUUCCCUUCCCCCUUGCCAGGGCUUUCCAAAGGAGACAGACCUAGUGUCCCCACACACUAGCUCAUCACUCCACCAGACUCUAAGGGCUCAAGUCCUGAAAGCUGGGACCUAGGGAUGCUUUUUCCACUUCCCAUUAUGUCUGUCCCUGGGAUAGGUUGAGCCCAGGGUGCCAGGGAGAAAGGAUGUGCUUCUUCUUGCCCUACCUCCUCUCUUGUCCUAGACUGUCCCUGAGCCAGGGUCUAUAAACCUGACACUUUAUAUGUGUUCUCACACAUAAGUACAUACCCACAUGCACCUGCACAAGCUUUUCUCUCCUCCCCGCUCCCACCCCUUCAGCUGCUGUUGCCUCUGGUCUCAGGCUGGUGCUGGAUCCUUUCUAGAGGACCAGGGAAGCCCCGGCUGCAGGCAGCCUACCAGGCAAUAUAAAGAUAGGAAGCCCCAGACAGGGGCUGGCAGCUGGCAGCCAGAGGCAGGGCCACACUGAUUUAUGAUAUUAAAAUCUCAACUCCA